UACAAGCUGGGACAGCCACUGUGUCUGGGCGAGUCAACAGGCAGGGGAAGGGGAUGAAAGUAUGCUUAUAAGUAAACUCGCAAGCAAUUUCUCCUCAAGCUGCCAAGCCCUCCCCAACCAUGGAAUCCUCCAAACAUCUGUCUUUCUGCACAUUCAUCAUCAGCCUAAUCUUCUUUAACUUCUUCCCUUUCGAAGUCCAAUCUUCAAAUGACGCAAUCGAUUUUAACUUCAACAAAUUCAGCCCAAAUAUGGCUGAGAUUAAGUUUGAGGGAGACGCAUAUGCCGAAGAAGCAGGCAUUCAACUCACCAAAAGCUUUGAUAAGCUGGGCUCCGACAGUGAUAACGUCGGUCGAGCCACAUAUUACAAACCAAUUCACCUUUGGGACAAGUCUGGGAAUAUUGCUGACUUCAAUACUUAUUUUUCCUUCAUUAUCAAUGCCCACGGUAAUGAGAGCAGAGGCAAUGGAUUUGCAUUCUUCCUCACCAACAAUGGUUCUAAACUUCAGCGUUCGUCAGGAGGAGGACGUCUUGGCCUUUUGAGCUCUACCAAUGUGCAGGCUCCAUUUGUUGCCGUGGAAUUUGACACUGCCUGGAGUCCUAAUUGGGAUCCUGCAGAUGGAAAUGAUCACAUAGGUAUUGAUAUCAACUCAUUGCAGUCUGUUUAUCUCAGAAACUGGACACGGAAUGAUGUUAAGUAUGCAGGAAUAAUUCAAGCUUGGAUUGAAUAUAAUUCUAGCUCAAAAAAUUUAAGUGUUCAUGUAACUAAUGGUUAUCAAGAAAGUUACUCGAGAAAUGAUUCGUAUGACCUUUAUUACAUUGUAGAUUUUAGAAAAAUUUUAUCAGAAUGGGUUACGGUAGGCUUCUCAGCAGCCACCACCAUAGAUUUGUUUGAGGAGCAUGAGAUACUCACUUGGGAGUUUAACUCAACCUUACAAUCUGAUGAAAAUUUAGCCAACCAAACUGGUACACAAGGGGUCAGGCCCACCGCAGCCAUCUCAAGAAAAAGAGAGAACAAAGUAUGGAUAUGGGCUGUCUUGGGUAUUAGUGGAACUCUGAUUUCGGUUUUGUCAGUUUUGGGUUUGGUUUGGUAUGUCUGUUGCAAGAAGAGGAGAAGACAGACAGAAAAUGGGCCUGGCAGCUCAAAUGACGAUUUUGAGAAGGAGAACGGACCGAGAAGCUUUUCCUACGAGGAAUUGGUUCUUGCAACCAAUAACUUUGCGAGUGAAAGGCUGCUUGGAAAGGGAGGAUUUGGAAGGGUAUAUAUUGGUAUGUUGAGCGACAAUUCUUGUGUUGCCGUGAAGAGGAUUAUUACUUCAGAGUCUCAUCAGGGUUUAAAAGCAUAUGUCUCAGAAGUGAAAGCCAUCAGCCGAUUGAGGCACAGGAACUUGGUCCUACUCAUUGGCUGGUGCCGCAACAAGCAAGAACUUUUCAUUAUCUACGAGUUCGUUCCAAAUAAGAGCUUGGAUUUCCAUCUUUUUAACAAAACAUGCCUGUUGACAUGGGAGAAGAGAUAUGGUAUAGCUUUGGGCUUGGCCACGGCACUGCUUUACCUGCAAGAAGAAUGUGAACAAUGUGUACUCCAUCGAGAUAUCAAGUCUAGCAAUAUCUUGCUGGAUUCUAACUUCAAUGCUAAGCUUGGUGAUUUUGGGCUGGCUACGUUCGUCGAGCAUGGCCAAGGCUCAGAAACUUCAACGUUGAUCGGGACAGAGGGAUAUAUUGCUCCGGAGUAUCUGCUAACCAGCAAGGCUUCUAAAGAAUCAGAUGUCUAUAGCUUUGGUGUAGUUGUUCUGGAAAUAGCAAGUGGAAGGCCUGCUUUAAAAGCUCCAGUUAAUGAAAAUGGUGUAAAAAGUCGGGUGAAACUGGUGGAGUGGGCUUGGGAGCAGUAUCGAAGAGGAAAUACUUUUGGUGCAGCCGAUCCACAACUAGACCAAAAUUAUGCUCGGGAGGAGAUGGAACGAUUGAUUGUUGUUGGGCUUUCUUGUGCUCAUCCAAAUCACUCUCGUCGUCCAUCAAUUAGGGAAGCUCUUGAUAUACUCAAUGCCAAAGCUCCAUUGCCCAAAUUGCAAUUAGAGAUGCUUACGCCGGAAAAUAUUGCCUCUUAUGAUGAUGCCAACGUUAAUACUUUUUCCGGAUCUUCAUCCCUUGGUGCUGGUGUCUCUGAGGCCCUCAAUUCGGGCUCAAGUGUCAACCCUCAGUCCUUAACCACUGCAAGUGCAACUUCUAAUUCUACCUAGUUUCCUAGAUGUGCAAUAAUCUGGCUUUCUAUUGUAUGUUUAUGGUGCUCUUUUUUUUUUUUUUUUUAAUUUAUAGGAAAUUAGGAGACUGUGAUUUAAAUUUGAGUUUGUUAAGUGAGUGACAUUGGACCAAGCCAGACUAGGCAUGGUGCUGUAUUUUUCUUCCAUCAUGCAUGUUUUGUCUAUUGUAUAAUUAUGCGAUUUCUUUUCUGCUUGUAGCA